AUGGAAUUACCGGCAAAUUCCAUCUCACGCCUCAUCACGCACCCAAAUGGGCAGACAACCCAUGUGCUUGUGGAUGAUUACACCGACCCCUGGGUGACUCCAGAGACAAUCUUGAUACAAGGCGGCUUCGCAAGACAUUCCGGUUUCUGGUAUCACUGGAUUCCAUCCCUUGCUCGCAGUUAUCGCAUAAUUCGCCGUGACACCAGAGGCCAUGGCAGAUCAUCCACGCCAAAACUGAGUGACAACUAUGCAUAUACCCUCGAAACAAUAUUGACCGAGAUCCUCGAUACGCUCGACCAGUUAGGACUUGACAAAGUUCACUUCCUCGGGGAAAGCACCUCCGGUAUGCUGGGGGAAGCAUUCGCAGUGGGAUUUCCGCAUCGAUUACUCAGUUUGACUGUCUGCUCGAGUCCAACAUAUCUUCCGCAAGCAGCCCUUGAUCUCUUCUCCUUCGGCCUCUCCAGCUGGCCGGAGGCUUGUCGCAAGCUCGGCUCCAAAGGUUGGGGUGAGUGUCUUGCCCGUAUCCCCGGCACACUCUCGGCAACAGAUCCCAAGUACGAAGCGUGGUGGAUCUCACAGAUCGGAACGAGUUCCAGCGAGGGACUUGCCGGAUAUGCCGAGUUUCUGUCAUCGUUGGACACGCGGCCUCUUUUACCACAGAUCUCAGUACCGACCUUGAUCCUUGCACCAGCGAAGAGCGCUGCUACUGGGCUGGAGGAGCAGCUCCAGAUUGCGAAACAGUUGAAGGGGUCGAAGCUCGUUGUUAUUCAUGGGGCUGGGCAUGAAAUCUAUGUUGAUAAGGCUGAGCAUUGUUUAAGGGCUUUUACGGAGUUUUUACUGGAACUUGACUCCCAUGUUUCUAUCAAAAAUGCUUAA